UUCCGGGAUUCUUCAAGAUAUGAAGGUCGUCAGCCACGAAUUCGCAGACGUUCUUCCGCAUACACCCCCGACCUAUUUAAUCCUGCCCAUCUGCGUGCUGUGCUUGGAUCUAAUUUUCUUGCAAGUAACAUCAUGCUGUCGGGGACAUCGCUGGACUAUGCUCUGCUUGCCGCCGCUCUUUUCUUCUCGACUAUUCUUUUCGCACGCAGGCGUUCGCGUCCACCUUUGCCUCCGGGACCAAAAGAUAUCCCAUCUGAAAGUGAUGGAGGGGAAGUCUAUGCACGGUGGGGAAAGGUCUACGGCAGCGACAUCAUAUCCGCCACUGUCUUCGGAAUGACUAUCGUCGUCAUAAACACGUUCGAAAAGGCUGUGGAAAUGCUCGACAAGAAGGGAAAGAUCUACUCUGACAGGCCGCGCAUACCGAUGGCUGGGGAGCUCAUGGGGUGCAAACUGUCGAUGGGAAUCAUGCCUUACGGGCGAAGGCUUCGAAGUUCGAGGAAGAUGGUAUAUAAGGAGCUGGGAAGUAAUCACGCCAUAAGGGCCUUCUUCCCCCACGAAGAGAGGAUGGCGCGAUGUUUCGCGAAACGCCUUCUCGAAGCGCCUACCCACUUCAGCGAACAUAUCACUCUACACGCCGAUGCCAUUAUUCUCAAGAUUGCGUACGGUCACGAAGCCGUUUCGUUCAACGAUGACUUUAUCCAGAACGCUACUCGUUCCAUGGAAGAAAUGGGCAAAGGAUGCGAACCCUCGGAGUUUUUGGUUAAUGCAAUUCCAAUCCUGUCGUACGUGCCGUCAUGGUUCCCAGGAGCCGGCUUCAAGACAGUUGCUGCCGAGUGGAGGGAACAUUACAAUGUCAUGGUCGACGCGCCUUUUAACCUCGUCAAGCAGCAUAUGGCCACAGGCGGAUUCGGAGAGUCGUUCGUCUCUAAAUGGCUUCAAAAGGGAAUCUCGCCCGAGGAGGAAGAAUACUUGAAACACGCGUCGGGCGCAAUGAUGGGAGCUGGAGGAGAGACAACCAGUAUAGCGUUGCACGUCUUCUUUUUAAUGAUGACGUUACAUCCCGAUAUUCAGAAACGGGCUCAGGCUGAAUUAGACGGCGUGAUCGGACGCGACAGGCUGCCGUCUUUCGGGGACAGGGAGCAACUUCCUUACAUUGAUGCCAUACGGAAAGAGAUCCUUCGGACACAUCCGCCAGUUCCCCAGAAUCUCCCUCACUGUACGACGCAAGCCGAUAUUCAAGACGGGUACUAUAUUCCUGAGCGCUCGGUGAUUGUCGUCAAUAUAUGGAACAUCACACACGAUCCGACGACACACAAGCGCCCGCAUGAAUUCAACCCUUCCCGAUUUUUGGGUCCCAAUCCAGAGAGGAAUCCCUGUGACGUCAUAUUUGGAUUCGGUAGACGGAUCUGUCCUGGUCUUCGCUUGGCUGAUGCAUCGCUUUUCAUUACGAUAGCGACAGUGCUGUCCCUGUUCACUAUUACGCCCAUAACUGAGGGCGGUAAGCCAAUUUUACCGAUCUUUGAGGCUAUACCCGGACCUGUCAGCCGAAUUAAACCUUUCCGAUGUAAUAUCGCUCCUAGAGACGGGCCACGAAAGGCGGGAGCAGUCAUUGCGUUGCCUGGGUAUUAAAGGGUGGGGUUGGCGUUUGCCAUGAUAACCCGUCUGUUUUGUUUGCCGUAUUGGGCUGGUUCCUUUCCCCCUUCCCCCCCUCCUCUGUAAGUCGAGGUUUCCGUGGGUCGUGUAGUUUAUAGGGUACCCUUAAUCGUAAUAAUACUAAUAAUGCCGAGGGACGUGUAUGUCGUUCGUUAUAUACAUCCGGGCUUGAGUUUUAUAUAGGGCAGGGCGCCUGGAGAUUCAUUCAGUCUGCCGCUACGUUAACGUUGGGGACUAGAGCACGGGAAGGG